UAUAAAUCGAGAAGGGCGCAGUUGGCCGCUAGACAUUCUACUUGUGGAUUUCGCGGCGUCGCAUCGACUCGUGGGAAUAUUUGAAAAGCUGUAAAAAUUCGUCGAUCGUCAUCCUCCUCGCCAUGUCCCGUCGUCAUCUCGCCAAUGGUCACGCUACCGCCACGGCCGCUGCUUCGACAGCCGACGCUAUACGUCUGAAGAAACAGGAAAAUGAACUCGUCGACGUCGCCGCGAACAGCGUGUACACCUUCGAGGCUCUCGAAGAGUCCGCGAAUUAUCUUUUGGAGCGGACAUCAAUAAGGCCGAAAAUCGCUGUGAUCUGCGGUUCGGGAAUGGGUUCAUUGGCCGAUGCACUCACCGAUAAAGUUUGCUUUGCCUACGAGUCGAUUCCACAUUUUCCCGUGUCAACUGUCCCCGGUCACAUGGGUCAGCUCGUCUUCGGAUUCCUCAAAGGUGUUCCGAUAAUGUGCAUGCAGGGGAGGUUUCACUACUACGAGGGAUAUCCACUUUGGAAGUGCUCGAUGCCCGUUCGCGUGAUGAAACUGGUAGGAGCGAGCCAUCUGAUAGCGACGAACGCUGCGGGAGGUCUGAAUCCGAAUUACAAAAUUGGGGACAUCAUGAUGAUGCGUGAUCACGUAAACAUGAUGGGUUUCGCGGGAAACAACCCCCUGCAGGGACCGAACGACGACAGGUUCGGCCCUCGUUUCCCGCCGAUGAACAGGGCCUACAACUUGAAGCUACUCGAAGCUGGGCAAAACAUCGCCGAGCAGAUGGGGAUAUCCGACAUCGUCCAUAAGGGAGUCUACACGUGCCUUGGUGGACCGAACUUUGAGACCGUUGCUGAGCUUAAGAUGCUAAGGAUGGUCGGCGUCGACGCAGUCGGCAUGUCGACGGUUCACGAGGUCAUAAUGGCCCGGCACUGCGACAUGACGGUCUUCGCCUUCAGUCUGAUAACGAACAAAUCGCCAACGGACUACGAGGAGAACCACGAGGCGAAUCACGAGGAGGUGAUAGACGUUGGAAAGUCGCGUCAACCGCUCCUCCAGGAAUUCGUCUCGCGGAUGGUUGUCCACGUGGCGAAGGAGUUCGACUUGGAUGGCAAAUGAGUCCUGCAGGCCAUCCUCCCAAUUUCCUCAUGCUCAUCCGUUCGGUGCCAAGGGACCGCCGAUAUCCAGGGUUAAUUCUUCCGAGUGUGACAUCUCAGACGCCGGAAGCACCCUCAUCUGGAAAAUUUUGCAGGGAUGGAUAUUGGCGGAAAAUUUAACUCUUCCCCCGGGAUACUGUUUUUAGCCACUUGAUCCAGGCGAAUUUACACGUUGUGUCGUCAAGUUUCGAGAAGCAGCUUGCAAAUUUGUCAUGAUUUUCGUUAUUAGAAAACACCGAAAGGAAAAAUACUCAAAGGUUUUUAUCAACGAUUGCAGAAUCUUUAAAAGUCUAUCAUGUAUUUUCUCUCAUUGUUGCAGUUUCAUACUAAAGUUCGAGAAAAAUACUUUACCCGCAGUUGUUUGAUUUUUACGUUGUUUUUAUUUUGUAUACUGUAUUUUUUACUCUUUCUAUUUAUUAGGUAUUUAUUCAUUGAUAUAAUUAAGUAGAUGUAAUCUUAAAUAACUGUGUUGCUAUAUUGUAUCAAGCUUCAACUCGAAGGAAGAAGAAAUAAAAUGAACGAAAUAUCAAUGCGGAAGAAAAAUCGCAGAUAAUUGAAA